UGUAAUUUUAUAGAACGCGGUUAAUUUAGUUUCCUGUGAGAAAAAUCUUUCGACGUCUUGUAGACAUUAACACAAGACAUGUGCUGCUAACAGAAAGAGACACGAAAUUACAAAUCUAAAAAGAAGUGUAUUUACAAUACAGACACACGAUAUACAACUAUAAGAAGAAAAUGGAGCUGAUGACAAGAAUGAGGCGCCAAAGUGUUUUCACAUUUACGUUAUUUUUAUACCUAUCAUAUGUUAGCGUGGCGAGUGGGUGCCCGUCAUUGUGCAGGUGUAGCAAUACCUCAGUUUAUUGUCUGUACAAAGAAAUGAAAACAAACGAUUUGGUGCGAAUCGCGCCUUAUAUACCCACGUAUAGCACAAAACUGUUUCUUUCUGGCAAUAACUUUGAUGAAUUUCCAAUAAAAGCAUUGAAGAAUUUGAAAAAGUUGGAAUAUCUGGCGCUUAGUUUUAAUAAAUUAAAAAGUGUGCCUCAGAAUAUUUCGCAUUAUUUCCCUCGUUUGAAGGAAUUGUAUUUAACUGCGAACGAAAUUCGAGAUUUGAAGAGGCUGACUGGAUAUGAAAAUUUAAGGACCCUGAAUCUGGACCAAAAUCUAAUCGAAGAAAUUCCCCCUUUUACUUUUAAAGACGUUAAAAACCUGAAGGAGUUGUUGCUGGGGCAAAACAACAUAAGAAGAAUUUUUGAGAAUUCAUUUUCUGGGUUGGAACGUUUGGAGCAUUUACAGCUCAACAAUAAUCAGUUAGAACUGAUUGAUGAAACGGCGUUUCGUUCGAACAGAAGACUGACUGAAAUUUAUUUGCAUGUAAACAAACUGGGUGAAAUACAAAAUGGUUUAUUUAGUCACUUGAAAGAAUUACAAACGCUGUAUCUGUAUGACAACCGCAUCUCGAGGAUCGGCUCAAGAGCAUUCCAAGGUCUAACUGUGAAGACCAUAUAUUUAAGCUCGAAUAAGAUAAAGUACGUACCAAAGCAAGCGUUUCAAAAUAUUACAGUUAAAAAUAGGAUUUACAUGCACGAUAACCCCUUCCAGUGUGAUUGCCAACUCAUUAUGGUUUCCAAAACAUCAUUAAAAAAAUUACAAAACGACAAGAAAAUUAUGCUCGGUGCAUGCGCAUCACCACACCGUUUGGUUAACAAAGGAGUAUUUUCAUUAAACAGUGAAACAAACAAUUGUACAAUCUGCGACUUAAAUCCAUGUGGAAACGAACUAACAUGUUCCGCCGAUAAAAAUGAUUCCGAAACAUAUCAGUGCAUUGUACCUGUCGUAACAACUGUUUCGACGACCAUUUCGUCAACUGUUUCGACAACCACUUCGUCAACUGUUACAAGAAAGAUUAGCAGUACUACUAGCAGUAUCGAAGUCACAUUCCUCAAGGUAGCCGAACAGCGAGAGGGAGAACAAAGUAAAAAUCAGAAUAAUAAAAAAACAAAUAAAACACUUCACGUCAUUACUGGCGUGUGUAUCGCUGUCGGUUGUGCAAUCGCCGUCUUAAUCGGCUGGUUGCUAUAUCAACGACGCAAAAAGAAAGAGUUUGAAGUAAAUAAUAGAAAAAAUGGACACUAUGACAACGUUAAGUCUUGUCAAAAUGCAUUAAUCGACCUAAAAAAUGUCACUCCAACGAAAGAGAGCGAGACAAAAAUUUUUAUUAAUGACGGCGGAGAAUGCGUUUAACAAACAGAUAACAUAAUUUCCAAAUCUGCUCUUAAAAUCCUAGAAAAACCUAAUACUGUACUCCUUACAAAACCUUUCCCAUUGCCUCUUUUCGAUUUUUAAUAUUGGUGGGAACGAAGUUACAAACUGUUUUUUAUCUUUCUUGUCUAUGUGAGUUACUCUUUCACUGUUGUUAUUAUAAAAUAUCGGGGUGAACUGCUGGACAGUCAGCUUCAAGAAACCAAUCGCCUUAUGUUCCCUCCUCCUCUAAAUCGUUUCGUCAUUACAAAAUUUAAUACAAUAUAUUCUUAAUUUAUAUGUAUUUAUUUAUAAAAUUUUCCUAUAUAAUGUUGACAAAGUGUAAAUAACAAGUGUUUAAAAAUAUAUUUUGGUAGAUAACUGA